UGUUGAUAAAUACCUUUACAUUUCUUCUACCUGUGUUCUGGAAACCCUUUAUGGGAACAUUUCCUACCACUGUUAUAGAUCAAAUUAUAAGGCAAACCAUUACUGCUCUGGAAUUUACAUAUCUGAAUAAAAUGUGGAAAGUCAACUGUAACUGUAUGAACAAAUGAUAUGAGGAAAUUGUCAAUAAUAAUGUUGAAACCAAUGUGUUGUGUUGAAUGUAUAUAUUUCUGUUGUACAUAAAAUUAUUUUUGCAGUGACAAAUCAGAGGAUAAUCUUCUUUUUAACAAGAACUCUAUAAUGAACAAGGACCGGAAUCAGGUGUCUGAGAGAAUCUUGAGUAUCACUUUGGAGAUCAUCUACCUGCUAACUGGAGAGGAUUAUUUGGUUGUCAAGAAACCUGGUGGCCAUGAUGGACAUUGCAGCAAGUCUUAUGUGUCUGCAUUCUCCAGGACUCAAAGCCCCCGCCCAGUGCCUCCACCUCGCUCUUUGAUCCACGAGAAAAACAAUGACCUGAAGAUCCUGGAACUGACUAAUGAGAUCAUCCAGCUGCCGACUGGUGAGGAGUGGGAAUAUGUGGAAGAACAAAAGGAACCUUACAAGACCAUUGUAAUGGAGGAUCUCCAACCCCUCCGCUCUCUGGAUUUGUCAACUUCCCAGAAAUUGUCUUCCACUUCGGAAACUCUUGUUUCGUCCCCUUUAAGUCUAAGUCAAGAAAACAAACAAUCUGUAAAUAAUUUUGAGUCAGAAUGCCCAGUGCUAUAUAAAGCUGGUACAAGAAGCUGUAUGAGAAGUGCGUCUGAUUCAUCAGUGAAUCGAGAAGAAAAAAAAAUCACAAACAUUUUUACACCAACAGAACACAAACACGGAGAAUAUCCAUCUACUCAAAUUAAAGCAGAAUUAUCUUCAUCUGAAGAAGGAAAUUUCCCAGACAAUGACCGUUUUACACCCACAGAACAUACACAGGCACAAUAUCCAUCUACAGAUAAUAAAGAGGGACCAAGCUCAUGUGAAGAGAAUUUCACAGACACUGACAUGUCUACACCCAUAGACCAUACAGUGGUAGAAUAUCCGUCAACGCGUAUUAAGGAGGAACCAGACACUUACGAAGGAGACUAUCUCACACCGAAUUAUACACCCAGUGAUUAUAUAUAUCCAGAUGAUUCAUCUAACCAUGUUAAGGAGGAAUUACCUUCUUGUGAAGAAGACACUGACAUUGAUAAACAUGCAGGGCAAACACAGACAGAAUAUGCAUCAACUCAGGAAGAAGACAUGGCACCUGGUAAUGCUUGUACCCCAUAUUCUAUACCUUACAUGACAGAGAACUCAUCUGCUAUAUUACAUGAGUCUGAGAAAUGUCCUUCAAAUAAUCCCCAAAUGGUUAAACAGAAAAGAACUUGCACAAAGCCAAAUCCAUUUACACUGACAGAAUACGCAUCGACUCAGGAAGAACACAUGGCAUCUGGUAUCGAUUGUGCCCCAUUUUCUAUAACUCACACAAAUCUAAAAACAUAUGCUUGUUUUGAAUGCGGGAAGUGUUUUACACAGAAGUCAAAUCUUAAUGCACAUUUUAAAGUUCACACAGGAGAGAAACCUUUUUCCUGUUCAGUAUGUGGGAAAUGUUUUACACGCAAGUCAUCUCUUACUACACAUUUUACAAUUCAUACAGGAGAAAAACCGUAUUCUUGUUCUGAAUGUGGUAAAAGAUUCAACCAAAAACCACAUCUUGUUCAGCAUCAGAGGCUGCACACAGGUGAGACACCAUAUUACUGUUCUGAAUGUGGGAAAGGUUUUCGACGGAAGGAGGGUCUUCUUCACCAUCAUAAAACUCACAAAGUGGAGAAACCAUAUCCCUGUCCUGAUUGUGGGCAGUGUUUCUCCAACAAAUUCAACCUUGGUCAACAUCAGAGGAUUCAUGGCGGAGAGAAACCAACUUUGGAAUGUUGAGAAACUCUUUCACCGUCAAUCUGAUCUUGCUGGAUGGACAUUGAAGGCAGAAAAUCGGUAUUCCUGUUCUGAAUGCCGGACUCGUUUUACCCAAAAUGAACAUCUGAGUUAAUUUCCUAAAGAAAACCAUUCACUCAGGAAAGAAAAUAGGAACUUUUUGUAGAACGGUAUAGAUUUUUUUUUUUUUUGUUAAAUCUGGUGUGUACUAUUCCUGCACAGAACCCCAUAUUGUGUUCAGCUACAUCUGCUCAGUAUAACGAUACCUUUAUUGUAUGCCUUUGGCACUAUUCUGUGAAGCUACAAUGCCAUAUAAGAGACAAGGCUAUUUCAGUUUCUAUAGUUAGAAUUUUCUUAGGUGGAUUUGAUGGGCCUAUGUUUCAUUUUGGGGUAUUACAGCAGUUUGACUGAUAAGUAACUUCUCAAAGUGCUUCCAUUUUAUAAAGCAGACACCCCAGGGUAUCUUAUAUGGCGUAUAUUGUGCCUUAACUUGUCACCAUUUUUUCACCAAUUUAUGUCAAUGUUUGUGGUGAGGGGA